AUGGCAGGAUCACGUCCCAAGCAAGAACGUUCUAGAACAAGCAGGCAUUGCAAGCAUGUUCGGCCUCCUCACUCAGCGUUGCUUACAGUGGCUUGGUCAUGUCAGCCGCCUGAAGGACGGCCGGAUUCCCCAAAGGCGUACUGCAUGGAGAGCCCACCACUGGGGCCAGACCCACUGGAAGACCAGCCUUGCGUUAUAAAAGACGUCCAGAGCGACCGGCCCCGCGACUGCGCACGCGUAUUAGGCGGCGCGAAGCAAACUUGUCAAGCUAUGGAGCUGAGGAGAUGGAAGUUGGGGCUUUGGUUCUUUUGUUGUCCCUUCGUUCCCGGUGUUCUGUGCUGGGAGGUGACCUUCCCUUUCCGAUCGAUGUACUGUAAAGUCUCGGACUCCUGCGCCUGCGCCUUCCAGGCUAAGCUGGAUAGUCUGGAACUUGAUCUGUGCCGUCACGUGUACGGGCAGCAUGUAGCCCGAGAGGUGAUUGUUGGCGCCAUUAAGAAGUUUACAGAAAACCAGGCACCACUGAAGCCGCUUGUGUUGUCAUUCCAUGGCUGGUCGGGGACUGGGAAAAGCUACGUCACCUCGUUGUUGAUGAGGAAUUUGUACCGGAAAGGAAUGAAAAGUAUCUACGUGCACCAGUUUGUGCCCACCUUACACUUUCCCCAUGCUGGCCAGCUCCAUUUGUACAAGGAGCAGCUGAAGACUUGGAUCGCCGGUAACCUGAGCGACUGCAGCAGAUCAGUGUUUAUCUUUGAUGAAAUGGAUAAAAUGCAUCCUGGUCUAAUCGAUGCGAUCAAACCUUUCUUGGGAAACUCACACGUUAUGUAUGGAACAAAUUAUCGGAAGGCAAUAUUUAUUUUUAUAAGCAAUGCAGGAGGCGAGCAGAUCAAUCAGAUGGUGCUGGAAUUUUGGAAGAAUGGCAAAGACCGAGAAGAAAUUCAGCUGGAAGAUCUAGAGUCCAACAUCUCCAGUGCUGUUUUCAAUAACAAAAACAGUGGGUUCUGGAAUUCCGACAUCAUAAACGAAGAGCUAGUCGAUUAUUUUGUGCCAUUUCUGCCCCUGAAGCAGAAACAUGUGAAGGAGUGCGUGAAGAGCGAGAUGCUUUCCAGGGGGAUUGAGCCUAGAAAAGAGAUCAUCGCAGAAGUGGUGAACUCCAUGAACUUCUUCCCAGAGGACGAGAAACUGUUUUCUCAAACUGGCUGCAAGACUGUAUCUACCAAGCUGGACUUCAGCUUAUAAGGAAUGUUGUCAAAACAUCCAUGGCAAUAUUUCAGAGACCCCUUUGUUUCCUGGCCGAUAGAAAGGGAAGACCAUGUCCUUUGUCAGUCUAAAUAAUUUGGUGAUUUACAUUUAACUUUUGAAUUAAUGUCCUGUUUUAAGGACUUUAUUCCUGACUUUCAAAAUUAGAAAGUUUACUUUAUUUUUUAAAUUAUUUGAUAUAUCAAAUUGUUUAACUGAUUCAGGAAAAAGAAAUGGAAUAUCCUGUGUUCAUUAGGAAUCUGGGGUGUAAUCUGUAUGCAAUAUCAGAAUCCUGGUUUGUACCCUGAAUCAGGUUUUCAGGAAUGGGAUGAUGCAAGGUGGAUUCACCCCUGUCUCCAGAAUGUUCUGACAGGCUGCCAGCUAGUGAGGUACAUUUCAAAAACACUUGAUUCUGCAGAUGUUGAAAGCAGAAUGUACACAGACCCCAGCACACACAGUGUGGUCCUCAUGGGGGCUGGUCAGAUACACACAGGCAAGAUUCCCUUCUCUGAAGGGAACAGUGUAGCUGUUCCUGAAUUCCUUAAUGAUCAGUCUUGCCUCAGUUGGAAGUGGUUAGUCCAAUCAGGCAGGCGGAUAUGACUGCCAGCUUGUGUAGAUUCGUAAUUGCCUGCAUUACAUAAUGUAGCAUUGCUCUUUAGGAAGAGAUCCUGAGCAGGCAUCCAGAUAAACAGUUGCUAUAAAUCUGAAACAAACUGGGCUUCCAAAGGAAAUUAGUUUAAAUAUUUGCAUAAGAGUCUUCCUUGUAUGUCAGUGAGAUUGUAUAGGGGAGAAGAAUCUAUUCACUAUCUGGUAUAAGUAACUUGAUAUACUCUUGGCUUUAAGUCCAGUUUCAGAGAUACCUCUUGUUGCUCCAGGAGGUAGCUAGCGAAGCUGGAAGCAAACAUCAGGCCAAACAUCUGUACAAGCAGCAGGCUAGUUUUACAUAUAAUCCUGCCCAGGUUACCGUUCCCGCAGAGAAAGUGGAGGGAUGUUAACAGUGAGACUGUAUGGGGGUCAGUAAGAUGGCACGAAAAGUCAUGGGUGUAUAUCGGCGAGUUGGCAGAUGGUUGGACACAGAGUCACUAUCCACAGAGUCCUGCCCAAAUCUUGAGGACAGAGACCUUUGAUCUCUGACCAUUGCCACAAGAUUAUGGACAUCCUAGGGUAGGAACAGACCCACCUACUUGGGUUCCUGGAGCAUUGGCCCGAGUCUCCAUUUCUCAAGUCCCCAUAAGUAUUUUUUCCUGGAGGGCAGAUAGUAAGAUUGAGAGGUAUGUGGCUUGAUUUGAUGUUGCUAAAAUUGGGAACUUAGCAGCCAGAUUAUUGAGUGUAGAUAUACCCACAGCCUGCAUGGAGACUAUUUAAUAUCCAAGUAUUGAAAUAAUUUUGGGCAAGUGUUAUUAUUUUUAUGUGGUACAUUUAAUAAUCAGUCAUCUGUGCUCAUGUCAAAAGUGAAUGUGUACAUUGAAUAUGAAGGAUUUCUAUCCUGUAGAUAGAUGAAAUCUGACGUCGGCCAAUGGGUUGUCAGAUAUUUAAUUGCUCCAGUAGCUUCUAACCACUGGUACCACUGAGGUGAAACCUGGGAAAUGUUUUGAAGUUAUAUUUUUCACAUGGCAAGUGAAGAGGACAGUCAGUAUUCCUUACUUUGGGAGUGGGAUACGAUGGAGAGGCUUCACAGAAGGGGAUUGAAAGCUGGACAGGAAUAACGGCGGGGGAGGAGGUGGGGGAGACUGAAUGAGGAGACAAUUGAAGAGUGUAGUUUUGGGAGGCCUGUCUGAAGAUCGAGCAGGCUUGCGUGAGCAAAUCCCACAAGAGCUACUACCUUUCCAAGAGAUUGUGUAACAAUUUGCCAUGAGUUGCUUUCUCGUCCACUAAGCUCGUGAAGAUGAGAAGCUCCAGUUACAUGUUUGUCCCUGCCCGCUCCGUAACACAUUGUGAUGCUUUGACAGAAGUCGAUCAUAACACACACAUUCCUAGCUAUCCGUUUCCAAUCAGGUGUACUUUAUAUUCCAAAAUGUAGUGGAAAUAUUUGCCACCCAGUAUUGGCACAUCAACAGAGGCAGUUCAAGGUACUUAUUUUAAGGUUGCAGUUUUGUUGAUAUAAUGAUCUUCAGUGUAUUUGUGUGUGCGCCCUUACCUUGGGAAGUGGCAUAUGAUAGUGAACACCUCUGUAUUGUGGCUGAAUAGGGUUCCCUUUCCACUUCUUUUGUGGCUUCUUCAUAAGCUGGAUGUGUUUUCUCUUGCCACAUGUGGCAGGUGUGACCAACUUAGACCAGUCAGGUUAAUCUUCCUUUUAAACAGUUAUGAAAUACUUGGUGCCCAGUGUAUAAUACUCUCAAAGUAAUUAUUCAUAAUUGGAGCUCACAUUUUUAUUAAGCCUAUCUCCCCUACAGGGGCAUGGGCCGCUGACAGCAGCUGGUCAGAGUCCUUUGUCCUGGGACAGUCUUUCAAGUUGUCCCCAGGUGUAGCCCACUUUUAAAGAUCGUUCCUCUCCCAGUCUUUGGAGCUUCUAUAGCAUUGGUUUUUUUCAGUGGGAUGGGGUGACUAACAAUCCUCCUUUCACAGCUGGGCUUUGGACCAUCUAUGGUGGAGCUGGUGUUCACCUUACUCUAAUGUAAAUCUGAAUAGCUGCUUUUUUUCAGUAAAAUGACAAUUUCUGUGAUACUAAAUGGUUUAAAAAAAAACUAAAUCUGAAUGUGUAUACUCUAAUAUGUUAUAUGUUUGUACAUUCUGAAAUGGUUCUGUUUAAUACUUUCAUUUUUCAGAUCCUUUAUAUUUUGAGUGAGUUUAUGCCAAUAGGAGGAAUCAGUAAAAGUCAAUCAUCUUCUGCCCUUGUAAUGGCAUGCUUACAUUUAUAAGUAAUUUUUAAAUAGUCAUUGUGCAAUACUCUUUUUAUAAAAUAAUUUAAAUGCCAGUUUGUUUUAUUGUUUGAGAAAUCCGUGCAAGAAUUUGUUGAGUUUCUAACUAUGCGAGUUGAAGUAUGAUCUCAUAGGUGUUUAUAAAAUCAUGAAGGGCAGAGUAAAGUGGAUGGCCACUGUCUUUUUCCCAACGUAGGAGAGUCUAAAACAA